AUGGCGUCGGUGGGGAUGAGUGGAGGCGACAUGUCUCGCGGAAGGACUUUUACCCGCUUGGGGCGAUUGCCCUCGCCGCUCCGCCUCUCCCCUCUCGCACGGCACAACGGCGUCGAGGACGGGGAUGGCAGCGGCGAGGGCAACGAUGGCGGGAAUGGGCCACGAGCACAACAGACCGUCAGGCCUAAAUGCCGGCCACGACGCGGUCAACGAGAUUUACACAAUUUUUUUUGGACGUCGGGAGAUGUUGUCGUUUUUUGGCAUUUCCUGUCGAUUGGGAUUUACGGGCGGCGGCACCGUUUUGCAUGGGGGAUGAAAAAGAAAAUGAAGUGCUGCUUGAUUGAUGGCCUUUUCCCUUUUUUUUUUGGGUGGGGGUGGAGGGGGGAUGCUUUUCUCUUUCUGUGUCUUUAUGGGCGGCGGUGUUUCCCGCAUGCAUGA